GGGGCGGAGCCCGGAAGGGAGCAGGAUGGCGGCUGUGGACAGUGACAGCGACGAGGACCUGGUCAGCUAUGGGACGGGCCUGGAGCCUCUGGAGGAAGGUGAAAGACCAAAGAAACCCGUUCCUCUUCAGGACCAGACUGUCAGGGAUGAGAAAGGAAGGUAUAAGCGCUUUCACGGAGCCUUUAGUGGCGGCUUCUCUGCAGGAUACUUCAAUACUGUCGGCUCAAAGGAAGGAUGGACACCUUCUACCUUCGUGUCUUCAAGACAGAACAGGGCAGACAAAUCUGUUCUUGGACCUGAAGAUUUUAUGGAUGAAGAGGAUCUUAGUGAAUUUGGGAUAGCACCUAAAGCAAUUGUUACCACAGAUGAUUUUGCUUCUAAAACCAAAGACAGAAUACGGGAGAAAGCCAGACAACUGGCGGCCGCCGCAGCCCCUAUUCCUGGGGCCACACUGCUUGAUGAUCUCAUCACCCCGGCAAAACUGUCUGUUGGCUUUGAACUGCUAAGAAAAAUGGGUUGGAAGGAAGGACAAGGAGUUGGCCCUCGAGUGAAGAGGAAGCCACGCCGACAGAAACCGGAUCCUGGUGUUAAGAUCUAUGGGUGUGCGUUGCCGCCUGGAGGCUCUGAAGGAUCUGAGGAGGAGGAUGAUGACUACCUGCCCGAUAAUGUGACUUUUGCUCCUAAAGACGUCAUGCCUGUGGAUUUCACACCUAAAGAUAACGUUCAUGGGCUGGCCUACAAGGGCCUGGACCCCCGCCAAGCACUGUUUGGAAGGCCAGGAGAGCAUCUGAAUUUUUUUGGUGGAGCAUCUGAGGGGACCAGCCAUCUUCUUGAAGAUGUUGGACUGAGUAAAGGAAGAAAAUUGGGAAUUUCUGGCCAGGCUUUCGGUGUCGGCGCCCUGGAAGAGGAAGAUGAUGACAUCUAUGCCACAGAGACUCUGUCCAAGUAUGACACUGUGUUGAAGGAUGAGGAGCCUGGAGAUGGCCUCUAUGGCUGGACAGCUCCCAAACAAUACAAAAGUCAGAAAGAACCAGAGAGAGAUCUUCGAUAUGUUGGCAAAAUUUUGGAAGGAUUUUCCUUGUCUUCUAAACCUCUAUCUUCAAAAAAAAUUUAUCCACCCCCUCAGCUGCCCAGAGACUAUCGGCCAGUGCACUAUUUCAGACCUGUGGUGGCCCCAACGUCUGAGAACGCUCACUUACUUCAGGUGUUAUCAGAGUCAUCUGGGAAAGCAGGACAAGAUGCGGGAACACACAGUAGGCAUCAGCUCAAUGCCUCCAAGCGGGGGGAGAUGCUAGGAGAGAUGCCCGUCCAAGGGUCAGCUACUUCAGUAUUGGAGUUUCUGUCCCAGAAAGACAGAGAAAGAAUUAAAGAAACGAAGCAGGCAUCUGAGCUGAAAGCCGCUCAGGCCAGGGCCCAGAGUCUGGCGCAGAUGGCCUCCAGCAGCAGAGGGCAGGCCUCCACGCCCGACCUGGAAUCCAGCUCAAGGCAUCUGGCGCUGGGCGGUGGGACAGCCACAAGAGCCAGCAACUUCAAGCCUUUUGCCAAAGACCCUGAAAAGCAGAGGCGAUAUGAAGAGUUCUUAGUUCACAUGAAGAAGGGCCAGAAAGAUGCUCUGGAACGAUGCCUGGACCCCAGCAUGACCGAGUGGGAGCGAAGCCGAGAGCGGGAGGAAUUUGCUCGGGCGGCCCAGCUCUAUGUGUCUUCCCACUCCACCCUGUCCUCCCGGUUCACUCACGCCAAGGAGGACGACGACUCAGAUCAGGUUGAAGUUCCUCGAGACCAAGAGAAUGAUGUCAGUGACAAGCAGUCAGCUGUGAAGAUGAAGAUGUUUGGGAAGCUCACCCGAGACACGUUUGAGUGGCACCCUGACAAACUUCUGUGUAAGAGGUUUAAUGUCCCUGACCCUUAUCCAGGCUCAACAUUAGUCGGCCUACCCAGAGUGAAGCGGGAUAAAUACUCAGUCUUCAACUUCCUGACCAUCUCAGAGCCAGCCCCUCCGCCCACAGCCCCGAGGCAGCAGCAACAGCAGCCGGGUUCUGACAAAUCCAGGAAACCAUCCCGAUGGGACACAUCCCAACAGGAGAAGAAGGAAGACUCCAUUAGUGAGUUUUUAAGUCAGGCUAGAUCAAAAGUUGGCCCGCCGAGACCAGAACCCAGCGCCUCAGGAAACAAAGAGAAGGAACAAGCCCCGGAGCCAUGCCCAGACCAGACUGCACAGGUGGGCGGGGAAGGUGGUCGCCCUUCCAUGGACUUAUUCAAGGCCAUCUUUGCUGGUUCAUCUGAUGAGAAGUCCUCAUCCUCAGAGGAGGAGCAAGAGGAGAGUGAAGACAGUCAAGAGCACACGGAGGAGGCCAGCUUUAAAACUUCCCAGGAGGCUGCCGCCAGGGAGACCCCUGUGACCCAGGCUGCUGAGCGGGAGCCUUGUGAGCCUGCAGCCCCCUUCCCCAUCCAAAAGGUACAGAUCGAUGAGCGAGAAGAGUUUGGACCUCGCCUACCUCCUGUCUUCUGCCCCAACACUCGGCAGAAACUUGAGACACCUCAAAAAGAGAAGCCGAAGAAGAGCAAAGAAAAACACAAGACCAAGAAGGAGCACAAACGGAAGAAAGAGAAGAAAAAGAAACACAAGAAGCACAAACACAGAAGCGGGCAAAAGAAUAAGAAGUCAGAAAGAAGUAGCCCUUCUGAGAGUUCCGACAGCAGCGGCAGCGAUGAAGGAGGCCCGGCAGACCUGUCCCCCCAGGAGCUGCUGAGAAGACUGAAGUGUCUCCCCCUAAGAAGGCAGUAGUGAACCCUGCGCUGGCCUGGCUGAGUCUGGAAUCUCCUCCAUGAUGCAAGUCCAUUGGUUCCCAGCUCACACACUGUACAGAAUGUAUUUACAUGUAAAUUCCUGCUGUAAAAUACUUUUUUAGCCAUUUCACAGGCUGCCCUGAAAGGUUGAAGCAAAUGAUUUCUAUUUUAAAUUCCAGUUCCUGUUACAGGGUAAAAGGACUGAACAGUUUAAUUAAAGUGGCUCUUUUUUUUUUUU